CCGCCGCCGCUGCGCCGCCGUCAUCAUCGCCGUCGCCGUCGCGGAGAGUCCAGUGGUGCACGGUCGGUCGCGCGGUACAUACAUGUCGCGAGGGGAACGCGAAUCCGCGGAGUGAAAGAGUAAAAACCGAAAGCACACACGCAGAGUCGCGCUUGAUAGCAACGCGCGCGCGCGUUCCCGUGCACAGACACAGACACGUAUUUACGUACGCAUAUACCCGCGAUUCGAUUCCGCGAUUCCACUUGGUUACUUUCUAUAGACACCUUCCGUCCCUCGCUCGCUCGCUCGGCCGCUCGCGCGCGCACGCGUUCCCGAGAGAGACACUUGAGAAGAGAGUUCCGAAGGACGACGGACCUGCCUUCUCUCUUCGUUCGGCGACCGACAAACUUCCCCCCGUACCCUGCGGCACGCAGCCAAGAUUCGACGACGAGAGAGCGAUCCGGAACAUGAAAACACUUAUGGAGAAUCAGCUGUCCUGGCUCGCGCUGUUCAUGACCGCCUUGUAUUCCCUGCUCGCUAGCUGCCGAGGUGAAGAGUGCGGACACGAGGAGCUGGUGAGGUGCGCCAGGCCCCUCGAGAGAAUCAGCAACAGCGACCUGAGUUUCGCCACGAAAAAGGAGGAUAUCAACAAACUAUGCCCGGAUCUCGAGGCAGGUAUGAAAUGUAUCAAAAGGUACACGAUGAAUUGCAUGAACGAGAAGCAGCGGGAGCACUUCAACUCUCUUUACACCGGCACCAACAUGGCCAUCAUGGAGCUUUGCCAAGACGGCCCGUACCAGGACGAAUUCUUGAAGCACGCGCCGUGCAUGCACAAAUCCAAAGCCGAGUACGAGCUGUGUUACAAGUCGUACCAGAAAACGACUCAAGAAAUAAUGGCCAACCGCUCGUUGGGACAUCAAGAUCUCAAGUCCCUUUGCUGCGCCUUCCAGGAGUACUUGGAAUGCUCUCAUCAUACGGUGCGCCGUCAGUGUGGCGAUGAUACAGCGCGAUUCGCGAAGGAAUUCCUCGACAGAAUGUCAAGCUCGCUGCUAAAGGCGCACUGUGCGCCCUACACGGAAUGUACGCACAACGGUGUCUCAACGCUAAAUCUUUCCGCUAUUAUGCCAAUGACGCUUAUUCUCCUUAUGAGGUACUUCACGUAAUUGGUCUUGGCCGAGAUCAUUUUUUAUCUUCGAAAGAUAGAAAGCGGAGAAGGGAAGACGAGAGAGGGAGGAGGGUUAUACAGAGAAGGAGAAUUGAGGAAGAAGAAUGAGGAGAUGAAGAGGAGGUGGAUGCUCCUAGAACACGGGGAACAGAAGAAAGCCCAUUCGGCUUUUAUCGCGCUUUGCUUCAGAGAGAAUAUAUUCCUUAUUUUCGAAGAGGUCUCGGGGAAAGAGAGGAGGACCGAAGGAGAGGCCAAAGCGAUCAAAGGAGAAGAAAAGAGCGGGGAACGUCGGGAAAUGCAAAAGGGAAUAUCCGAGGGAGAAGAAGAGGGGCGCGAUACGCAGGAGAGGAGAAGAGUGCGACGUUUCCUUCUCCGAAGAGAAUAUAUUUUUCAUUUGCCAGAUGAUGCGAGAGAUGGCAGUAAUCACGAUUACGGAAGCAACAACUCGAGAGAUUUUGAGUCUUAAGAGCCGAAGGGACGAUAGGGGGGAGGGAGAGAGAGAGAGAGGGGAGACGACACUUGAGAAAUACUAGUUACGAAAGAGCGGAAGAAAGAAGAGGAAGCGGGAUCGCGGAGAAGAACCCGAAGAGUUUUCCACGCACGUCACGAAGAUAUCGCGAAUCGAAUGAUAAAAAGCUGAUCGUGACGCGAUAUGCCGGAGAGUCUCUUCGCUCGAGAUCGUUUAACGCGAUUCCCUAGUUCGCACGAUACCGCCACGCAAGACUGAUUCGAUUUUUGCGCGGUUUUGUCGCGAGAUGAGAACGAAAUGAAAAUACUCCUUAUUAAUCGGCGAGCUGUCCUUUGGUCUCCGACGCGAGGUGGAAUCCGAUCCUCGAGAAACACGUGGCGUUUGGAUCAAGUCGGAGAAGAAGGACGGCAAAGGUAAGACACUUCAUAGCGAGAGGGAGGAAGACAGACCUGUCUUCCGCACGGCACGUUUUCGCCUCGAUUUCGAAAAGGGGCGAUCGUGCGGAACGAACUGCCUGCCGUCGCCCCGAAAUCAAUUUCAUCGAAUAAUCGCGAUCUACCGAUUCGCGCGCGAACGGCGAUGGGGGAGAAGAAAGCUCGGCGAGGAGAGUCUUUUAAGUAGAGUAAAGAAUUUCUGUUCGAUCGGAAAACGGCGGAUAAAAUCACGAUGCGUUUCUUCGCGCACGCGAGAGAGAGAGAGAAAGUGCGAUCGCCGCGUCGCGUCGAUUCGCUGAAAGUUAAAAGAGACAUCGAAAUUCACACGCGUUACCGCGACUCAUCCGAAAUGAGAGUUUCCGAGAGAGAGAGAAAGGUUCGGCUAGCCGCGAUAGGUAACGAAGCUUCGAGUUAGGUAUGUCAAACUAAUUUCCCCCUUACACGGUUUAUAUCACUGCCGCGAUAUAUCAGGGCCACGUACUUUCAAUAUUUGCGAAAUGAGCGAGAUCCGACAGUUUCAAGAGCACUUUUUAAUUUCGUCGUCAUAAUGUAGCUUUUAAAAUAGUUUUAAAAUUCCUUCUCAUCAGAAUGUAUAGAAUGAUGAGAAAUUUUGCGCAAUUGGAACAAAAAAAAAGAAGACCGAAACAAUUAGGACAGUACAAUGAACUCUUCACGUUAAAAGUCUCGCAAUGUUGCACGUGUAACGUAAACGGAACAUUUGCUGAACGCUGGGUCAUACAAACGAAACAAAUGGAACUCGCGGGAGGUCUGUAAGGCCACGGAUGUGGCCCACUUGCGGUGCAUUUGACAUGCUUGUUCGGAGCAUGCCGGUUUGUACAAAUUCGACAUGUCACAGGAAAUCCUUAGAAACGGGAUACGGAUGAGUCUAUAUUUUUCUGAGAUCUGAUGUAGUGUUGUACAUGUUACCUAAACAAAAAAAAAAAGAUACACGCGCACGAUCGUGAUUGUACUCGCUGCACAAAUGAUAGUAUUAGCACUUGCAUUGUCGUGUCUUAAUUAUUAAGUAGACGAAUGACUGUAAAGGAGAGACGUUGAGAAGGUAUGUGUGGCCAUAUUUUCAUGUCGAAUCGAUUUUCGACGUUUGUGUCUCCAAAGACAUUCACGUCGACACUGAAGUAUGUUGUAUAUUAUGUGUUUAGAUAAAUUUUAUUGAAAUAAAGUUUAUUUAUGUGUUAGAAAUAUUUCGAGGGGAGGCACACACUGUUUCGAAUAUAUCAAAUGUUUAAAGUGUUUAAAAGGAAAUGAAAAAUGGCCGGCGAAAGGUAGCGCUCGUACACGGAAAGAACAAUUUUACUAUGGUAUCUAAAAAAUUUAGAUACAUAGAUCAGAUGGAAUAAUUUUAUGUUGGACUAUCAAAAUACUUAUGUAAGACGUUCAAGCGUGAUGACACUGUCGCAGAAAGUUUUGAAUAUUUUUAAUGGUUCAACACAAUUAUUUUUAAAUGGCGUAUCUCAGCAAACUUGUCCUUUCCGCGUGUGAUUUUCAUUUAAGAAGAAUCAAUUUUGCAACUGACAAUUCGAUUAACUGGAAACUUUUACUGCAUGUUUGUUACAUUACGGCCCGUGUCGCAAAUAAUUAAUUGUAACCAAUUGUUUGGUUUAUGAGUUAUUAUAAAAUCCAUAUGAGAAAGUCACGGCAUUUAAUCAAACGUGUCUCAUUCAUGCAAUUAUCGAUAUUUCUCUAUUAUCCUGCGCGCCGUGCCAUUCGGAAUAUAAUGCAGAUUAAUAAUCUAGAAAUUAAAUUCCCUUCAACAGGGAGUACGUUUAUCGAUAGCCUCAACCCCCUGCAUGUGUGUAUAAUGCGUACUCGAUAUCGACAUCAUUUGUAAUUUAUCAUUUCCUAGAGAAUUCGCGCUUUUAAUGGCGCAACGUUAAACCGGCAAAUGAUCCGUGAGAAAGCAAAUACGUUUCUUUUUUUAUAGGUUUUCAGAAUAUCAUGUAGCCACCCGUUUUAUCGGGAGGAAGACCGCGUGGUAUGCGUGAACAGAGAUAUUUAUUUGUAAUAUAUAGUUAAUUAAGGAAGCAUUGUAAAUAUCAUCGAGCUGUCGAGCUUAAGAGGAUGUAAGAUAACUUAAAUACAUUCACAAUAAAA